AUGAACGUCAUAGCGACUUCAGACCCGGGCCAGCAGUUGGGUGAAGUUGACGGCGACUCGCUGAAAGUGCUCAGCUUGUCAGCCUCCCACACAAAUUGGGCACUUCGGCUCAUCGCAGGCGGCGCGCCCCACCAGUCUGAGAUCAUCUCAGUCAACGGAUGCGUGAGCUGCGAGCUCGUACUGCGGCGCGACCCUAUAUUGCAUGCACAUGCCGUCUCUGGACUCGAGUGGCAAGUCAUUGCUGCCGAAGUCGGAGUGAAAUUUCCGGAGCUGCUGCAAAUGGCCCAGGCAAGUUUCAACGCCAGCUUACAGAAGCAAGAGUCGGAAAUGCAGCUGCUCCGACGAGUCUGCACUCUGAUCAGCCGCUGCGGGGAAGGCAGUGCGCCUGAUUACCUGCAGAUCAAGAAGCAGGCGCUCGCAUCCAAGCCGCCUUGCCCGGAAGCUCUCCCGGGUAUUGCGGAGGAGCCUCAGCAUUUGUCCUUGCUGAAUCCGAAAUGCUUGCCCGCGCCAACUGCCAGAGCAAAAGUCUUGGUCCUGAUGAUCUUCACUCUCGACGUGGACGCUAUGGCCAUCAGCUGUGUGGCAGGACGGGUCACAGUUCACUGA